GGCUUUAUUGCCCUCGGCGACUCGUACUCGGCCGGCAUAGGCACAGGCCUCAUCAAUGGCACCGAAGAUGAAUGUCGCCGCGGUGCCAACGCCUACCCGGUGCUGGUGCAGCGCGACCUCCACCGCAGUCUGGACGGGGGCCACGACCCAACCUUUCAGUUUCUCUCCUGCACGGGCUCUACUGUUGGUGACAUGCUUACCGGGGCCGAGCGCAGCCAGAUCGAUGGCUUCAACACAACCUCGACGGCCGACUUUGCUCUUCUCUCCAUUGGCGGCAACGACCUGGGCUUCUUCGACAUCAUGAAUAGCUGCAUCUUCCGAUUCUACAGCUUCUACUCCGGCACCUGCGAGACUGCUCUCCGCCACGCCGACGAGCAGAUGGCCAGUUCGGAUUUUGAAAACCGUCUUCGACUUGUCAUCAUGGAGAUUCUCGACCGCGUCCGCUGGGAGAAGAGGCCGUGGUUCACCAUUACCGUGACGGGAUAUGCGCGCUUCUUCAACGCGGAUACGGACGAGUGCGACGACUACUCCUUUGGCAUGUGGUGGCGCGGCCCCAAGCUGGAGCGCAAGCUUCGCCAGCGCAUGAACGACAUGGUUGUCGACGUCAACAACAAGAUCCGGCGUUCAGUCGACGCCAUCAACGCCGCCUUUGCCGAGCCCCGGGUCCUCUUUGUCGACUACGACGAGGCCUUUGAGGGGCAUCGCUUCUGCGAGCCAGGCGUCGUUGAGCCCGACUACGCGAGAAACGAGACCUGGUUCUUCCUUGUCGGCGGCCUGGACAAC